AUGCCUUUCUUCACCCGCCGCGAGCCUGAAGAGGAGCUCCCACCACAGGAGCCCUACCAUGAGGAGGAGCCACGAAAGCGCGGCCUCCUAAGCUCGCUCCGACGGGACCCAUCACCAACACCAACCACCUCGACCCAGGCGACCGACUCAACCCGCCGCACGUCCAGCACAUACCGCACCAGCCCGACGCACAACGACGGCUCCAGCAGCAUCUUCAGCCGUUCAACGUCAACGAGGGGCGGUGGUGGUGGCCUCCUGCACAAGUUUAAGGCAAACGAGGAGCUCGACCCUUCCAUCAUACAGGCGCGGGAGAGGAUGAUGAGCGCCGAGACCGCGGAGAAGGAAGCCGACCGCGCACUGGAGCUGGCGAGGCGGGAGGUCAAGGACGCCCGGGAGGAGGUGAAGAGGCUCGAGUUCGAGGCCAAGGAGGAGGCGAGGCGCGCCAAGAUCAAGGCCUACCACGCCAAGGAGGUCUCGAAGCGUGGCAAGGCUCUUGGACGUCACGAUCUUCGAUAG